AUGGUUUUCCUAGCUCUAGCUGUCUGGCUGAUAUCUUUGUAUCCAUCCAGCGGGAUGGGACAUGAAAUAGAAGUCGAUGCCCAGGCACACCUGCCUGCCGGAGCUUCUAAGCCUGUAGAGCACGCAUUUGCAUCGUUCUCAUUCCCGAUUCAUUUCUUCGCGGAUUAUGCUGGAAACAAAAGUCAGCCCAAUCGUUUUUCACAGGACAUCAUCAAGCUUCUAUACGACAAGACCGGAGAGUGGCCGUAUAUUAGAGUUGGAGGGACUUCUGCCGAUCGCACCAUCUAUAAUGCUUCCCAAACUCAGGCUAUAAUCCUUUCAUCUGUUUCGGAUAAUGGCAUUCCGCUUGAAGUCACGGUAGGCCCUGUGUUCUUCGAAGGCUUUGAGAAUUUCUAUGAGACGCCUUGGACCUUUCAAGUCAAUUUUGCAAACAACAAAACUGAAGCUUUAGAAAAUGCCAUUGCAGAGGCAGAGGUGGCUCUGAGUCACAUAAAAGACAACCUAGUUGCUUUUGAGAUUGGCAACGAGCCCGACCUCUACCCAGGAGCCGUACGGCCACUGAAUUACACGGUCGCGAAUUAUGUUGACGAGUGGAAUUAUUUUGCUGAUGCUAUCUCUGAAAAAGUAUUGCGUGGAAACUCGUACGGUCUGGAAUCUGAGAAGCUAUUCCAGGCUCUGACUUUCGCUUCCACAAUGAACAACUUCACAACAUACAAUGCUUUCAAAGAUGGAAUUGCCUCGCAUGGGCAUGUCAAAACUGUUUCAUUGCACCAGUAUGCUGCGGGGUCGUUCAUGAACCAUACGGCAAUCGCUGCAAACUUGAGCCAAUAUAUCGAGGACAUGGAAAUUAUUCGGGCCAAUAAUCCCACAAUUUCAUUUCUCCUCGGUGAGACAAACAGCGACUAUGUCAACUUAGGCAUGAGCCAAGACGAGGGUGUUUUUGGAAGCUCCCUAUGGCUUGUGGAUUUCCUGCUCUAUGGAAUGAGCCUAAACAUUACACGUUUCAAUCUGAUUCAAGGAACUACAUUUGGGUAUACAGCAUGGGUCCCCAUUGAAUCCAAUGAACAGUCUCCUCAAGUGAGGCCCCCGCUUUACGGACAAUUGCUGGCCGCCGAUGUGAUUGGCAAACACCCCAAGGUGCAAGUCAAAUCACUGGAUUUAGGUCGAUGGGACUUGUCCGCUUAUGCGAUCUAUGAAGGAGAUAUCUUAUCCAAAUAUGUUGUUGUUAAUUUGGAUGAGUGGAAUUCCACAACGCCAUACCCUCGACCCGUGCAAACAAUCGCCCUUUCUUUGCCACGGGAGGUUAAGAGGGCUGAGAUCAAACGGCUCACUGGACCAGGAGCAGAAGCAGUGGCAUAUAUCUCCUGGGGUGGUCUCAGUUGGAACUAUACCGACGGGAGACUUGGAGAAUUUGGCCAGCCCCAAGUCCAGAUUUUCCAUGAACAUGAUGGAAACGCAAGGUUCUCUUUGCAUUCGACUGAAGCAGCCGUCAUUGAGCUUCACAGAGCUUGA